GGCUUUUUGGCCUUGCACUGCGUUGCUCUAUCUCGUCUUUUGAGCGAGCACCCGGCGCCGUCUCAGUGGCACACCCCCCCUCUCUCGUCCCGACCUGCGCUGUUUGCCUAUCGCUGCCGGUGAUCUUCGCUCUUACGGGCCGCUCUAGAACGACCUUCUACGACACUCGAGCCUCUGCGAUCGCCACUCGUGCAGCCGGGCCAUUUCCUUCUACGCCCUCUCCCCGCUCCUGGCUCAGAGAUCGGCCUUAUUUCCCUCCCCUCUCCUCUUUCACCACCCUGGUUCGGGCUCUGCUUGGAGUGCAGUGAAGUCCCUCAGCUACAGUUGCAGGUUCAGGUGGGCUGCGAACGCAUACUCUCUGCUUUGGUGAUUUGUGGUCGCGCCGUGCUGCAGACACAAACGUCGGCAGAAGCAACGACCCCGGCCCUGGCCCUUGCUUCCUCCCUCAUUCCUCCCUUUGCUGGGUGCCGCCAGUUUCGGACGCCAGCAAAAACGGGGAUGCGCCUGUCCUCGCCCUUCCAAUCUGGGUCUUGACGACUGACGACACUCUUGGGGGAAGACCCGCUUGGCUGCUCCACCCUGUCCCCAGAAGGAACUUCGAGUUUCUUCGACUCGAAUAAAACAAGGCCCGCGGGCUGCCCACACACUGCAAACCUCGGCCAAACCAUAUCUUUCCCUUCGCCGCCUCGCCGCCACCACCGCCGCCGCUGCCGCCGCCGCCAAAUUCACCAUUACCAGCAUAACCACCGCGACCGCGCCCCUCCCACGUUGUUUGUCUUCAACACCCACCAGGACUCGAAACCCGCUCCAGAUUAGCCCACCAUGGCGGCCUCAUGAGCAUCCAGGAAACGCGCUGGAGACGUCGUCGUGCUCGCCGUUGAGCCACCCGCUGUCACGAACCAACGUUGUGCCUAGAAUGCCACCCGAACACCCGCAGUCAAGGCCCGAUGAACACACCGCGCACUACGCCAUGAAGACCUCUUCGAGACAGCCGUCGACGCCCUCCCAGGGCAGCGUCACCAUUACUCACUCGGCCACCCAGCCCUUCUUCUCCCACAAGUCCACAACCCCGACAGCUGCAUCACCACAUUUUCCUUGCUCUGUCGGACAGCCUCACCCACCGCAGCUCUCGCCCUCUGCCGCCGGCGCCGCACCUCGGUACAACACCCCGCCCAGGAUGACGGAUGUCACCAACCGCACGCCCAGCCCAAACUACUUUGGCCUCAUCGUCGAGUCAUCCCACGAUCCGCACGAUUCGGCCAGACUGCCGAGGGAAAACUGGAGCCCCGCUACGUCAUCGGUUCGAUCCUUCGCCGCUGCGAUUCCCAAGCAACUGCCGCUCGACGCGAACCCCGAGUUCGAGGCCUUCAAGAGGCAGGCCGAUUCGAACAGGGGAAAGUCUGGCUUUAGCCUAUCCACGUCUUCAUUUAGCGUCGAUAUCAGCGCUGCCUCGUCGGGCGCGCCUGCCCGCCCGCGCCCGCCGAGAUGGCACACCCACGGAAGCGACAUGUCGCUGGAUAUGCCUGCCGCCAUGAAGUCGACAGGGCCCGCUGCGACCCCGUUACCCAUCGCGUCAACACAACAGGCGACACCCUUGGUUCUGCCCAGGGGCGCAGUGUCUGGAUUCCGCCAGCCGUCCACGGGCCGCAUGGACGUUGACGCCGACGCCGUCAGUCUCCACGAUUCGGCCUACGUCUCUGGGGACUCCAAGAGGAAUUCCGAGGCUUCUCUCAACCCCCCGUCGUUCCUCAACCUGCCGAGGUACGAGUCUCCUGGUCGCUUUGACUCGCCCAUGGACAAGCGCACAUCCUUGUCGACGGUUGAGGAUCGGCACCCCCGCCUCUCGGUCACACAUGGUCGCCCAGACCCGCCCGCUCCCGCCAUUGGUAGUAGGCUAGGCAGGGCCGAUACGCUCCCGGGGUCUUCCGCGGAUCCCGCCGCACCUUCGCUACUGAGUGCCCAGGAGCUGAAGGACUUGCUACAGGGUCCAGGAGCCGACAAGAUACUGCUGCUAGACAUUCGCUCUUACCAAAAGUACUCGGCCUCGCGCAUCCAGGGCGCCUUGAACCUCUGCAUCCCCACGACGCUGCUCAAGCGGACCAGCUUCAAUCUGCAGAAGCUUCAGGAUACGUUCCAAGCCGACGCUGACCAGGAAAAGUUUGCCGAUUGGCGCGAAACAAGCCACUUGAUCGUCUACCACGACACGGAGAAGAAAGACGAUGCCGCAUGCAUCAACAUGCUCAAGAAGUUCACCUCGGAGAACUACACGGGCAAGGUGUGCAUUCUACGUCGGGGCUUUGAAGGCUUUAGCCAGGCGUACCCCCAGCUUCUGGACCGACGCUCCGCCGCCGAGAGGACCGGUUCCGCAACGGAUCAGGCUGCAAUUGGCGCCGGCGGGGGAUCGGACGGCGGCGCCGUGGCCAAGGUCAUCGGUGGCUUCACGCUCCCGUCAGCCAGCGACGCGGCCCCUAGCGCCUUCUUCAGCAACAUCCGACAGAACACGGAGCUCGUCAACGGCGUCGGCCAGAUGGACAUCGUCGUCCCGUCAGGUCUGAAUCUGGCUGCGCUGCCAUCGUGGCUUGGCAGGGCUGCCGAGGAGGGCAAUCACGGCAAGGUGGUGUCGGACAUGUUCUUGAACAUAGAGAAGCGAGAACAGACCCGCAUGCACAGGGCCUACACCUCGGCCGCAGCCCAACGCCAGCUGUCACUGAAGUCUGCCGAGUCUAGCCCUGCCCCUGUCCAACUCUCGGGAAUCGAGAAGGGAUCCAAAAACAGGUACAACAACAUCUUGCCAUUCGAGCACACCCGCGUUCGGCUUAACGAAAAGCUCUCGGGCGAGUGCGACUACAUCAACGCGAGCCACAUCACGAGCAGCAGGAGUCACAAGCGGUACAUCUCCACCCAGGGCCCGCUACCCGCAACCUUCGAGGAUUUCUGGUCCAUGAUAUGGGAGCAAGACGUCCGAGUUAUUGUGAUGCUCACUGCCGAGCAGGAGGGAGGGCAGCUGAAAUGUCACCCUUACUGGCGAGGGAAGGAGUUUGGACCCAUCAGGCUCGUGGCGCUCAGUGAAAAGAAGGUGUCCCUCGACAUUGACAAGCACCGUGUCGGCCCUCUUGCUCCGAACCCGCCACCCAAUCCUAAGCAGACCGCUAGGCAUAGCCGCCCGAAUCCCAGUACACCUGGCCCGCAGACCACGCGGUCCCCGAUGCCCUCCACCGAGGGGCGUCGUCGGUCUAACACAGCAACCGACCCCUUUGGUUUCAAUCUUUCUCGUGGCGGCAGUGAUGGCGCCGGCAGGCCACAGCUCUCGCCCACCGCUAGUGAGACGUCCUUCGUCAUCGUUCGCAAGUUCGCCCUGAGCCACUCGGCGCAUCCCUUUGCCCCCAUCCGGGAAAUCACCCAUCUCCAUUACCCGUCGUGGCCCGACUUUGGCGCACCUGCGCAGCCGAGCCACCUGCUCGCGCUCGUUGAGCUCGCCAACGUGAUGCAGCGGGCCGCGCUCCCGCUCGAUGUGUCGUCUGCUAUCGCCGCAUCCGCCGAUAAGGAGAAGCUGUCGCCGCAGGACAGCAACAACGUUAGGGACUUUGUGCACGAGGUUUGGAACGAUGACCCUGUGGGCGAAUCGCAGGCCCGGCCGAUCCUGGUGCACUGCUCGGCUGGUUGCGGGCGCACGGGCACUUUCUGCACGGUCGACACGGUGGUGGACAUGCUCAAGCGGCAGCGGCAGAAGGCGGCGGCGAAGCAAUCCCAGUCGGCAACGGCCGCGCGGCGGGGAAGGGCAACGAGGAGGCGCAAGGUGGGGGUCAAGCGGAAGCUGGAGCAGCGCGACUCGGAGGGUGAUGUGUCCAUGGCGGGUGCAGCGGGCGCGCGGGCUUCGAUCUUCCACCAUCACCACCAUCGGCCGUCUGUCCCUGAUGAUGGCAGUGUCAGCCCGACAUCAUCCUUCCAGGGCGCCAUCGAUGCGACCUCUUCGGGCUUCCACUUCUCAUCGCCGCCGCCCAGAUUCCCUAGCCUGUCUAGCGUCUCGGCGUCGAGGAAAGGGCGGGCUGGCAGCAGCGGCGCUAGCGGGAGUGGUAGCGACGAGGGAGGCUAUGGCGGCGGGGUAACGGCAUCGCCCUACUCGUCCUCGUCUUCGUCAGACGAGUUGAAUCGGCAACGCUCGCCGACGGCCAGUAGUGACGACUCAACCGACUCGGGACUAGACGCGUCGUGGAUGCAUGACGACAGGGCCGAUGUGUUGGACCUGAUCGCGGCCACGGUCGAGGACUUCAGGGGCCAGCGGCUCAGCAUGGUACAGACGCUCCGCCAGUUUGUGCUCUGUUACGAGACUGUGCUCGAGUGGGCCGUGCGGUUGCAGGAGCGUACCGCCGCUGAAAGUGGCGACGUCGGCGCGGGGGCUAGUCGUCGUCAGCUGAGCCCACUGUCCAAAACUUCUGAGCGGAUGUAACAGCAGUCUACACCGCGCUGGUUGCCAAUACUACCUGAAAAGGUGCUAGUCGUCGCCGUGCCGAACCGUCUCCUACAACAUCCUGACUAGCCAGCGCACUCUCUCUUCUUAUAUCUACCUUUUUUCUUCACUUUUAUUCCUUCUUUCCACCCCCUUCCACCUACACGAAUGUCUAAUGAGACACUUUUAUGCAAAUUCAAGAAUGGGUCGCAUGGUACAGAGAAUAGCAUGAUAUAGGAUUUCGGCAUGGCUCGCUACUAUCAGCGUAGGUUAUUUCGACCUUUUUUCACUUUGUUUUAUAUGAUACGUUAGGCCAGACAGGGAGCCUUUGGAGGCACAUCAUGGUCUUUUGUCCAUUCUUCUUUUGUCCUUGUUUCUCCCCUAUCGUCUGCUCAACCCACUUAUGUUCCUUGUUUUGUCAUCAUGGCGGCGUUCUCGCGGGCAUGGCAACGCUUGUUGUCUCGGUUUAUCUCAUCCGCUCGCUGGCCUCGUUCGGUCACUGCCGAGUUUUCCUGCAUGAAACCUGAUUUCUUUCAAGUAUCUUCUUUCUCCCUACUGCUCUUCACUUUACCUUUUUAGUUCUUCUUUCCUACUACUACUUUCCCCUGCUUUCUCACAACAGAACAUAAACAGCACAUAGGCAAAAGGAUGGCUCGACGAGCAAAAGGAAGGAUGGUUAUACUGGGCGCGCGUGCUGUUGUUGCUUUUUUUCUUUCCAUGUUUCCUCCGACCAAACGAACAAGUCGGGCAAGGCGCACGUACAUAAAUCAUAUUGCUAGGUCUCAAAAUUGGAAACGGUGGCUUUUGCAGCUCUUGGGCA